UACAUGAAAUCAUUACUUAUUAGGUCUGAGCUGCUGGUUAAGUACUGACCUCCUAAUUUAACUCUGGUCAACAGAAAGGCCUCAGUAGUACUAAUAAAUACAAACUAAAUUGAGUAAUUUCAUAGGUAUCUUAAAUAUUAAAUUGUUUGAAUAUAAACCCGAUUUCAUUUUGGAUAUAUUCGAUAUUUUGCAAUCUGUGUGGGGCAGUUAGAAAAACGAACCAUCAUUGACCUUUUGCUCUGGGAACAAAACUUAUCCAUGUACCUAAUAUGUGGCUGUCCUUGAAGUAGACAGAAGAAAUCUGAUUUGGAACUCUAACUGGGGUCUUUGUCUGGAAGUUUUUAUCUAACAGAGUUCAUAGAUGCAUAUAUUUUGGGUGCUUAAAUUGUUAUGCAUUUUGUGAUACAAUUAAUGAAAUAAUCACUAUACACAGAAAAGUAAAAUGAAAAAUCAUAGUGACAGUACCUUGAGUUCUUGUAGUUGUCUGUAGGGAUUAAUUUUGUGUUUUCUAAAUAACAUUUUUAAAUCGCUUCUCAGCUUCCAUAUAUAGCUAAAUCACAGGUUUGCUUAUCAACAAUCUUAAUUUAUUAUGCCUUUUUCUUUUGUUUCUUGUCAUAGUCAGAAGAUAAAAGUUGUAUAUCAACCAUUACAAAUCCCAAGGUGCAGAAUCGAAAAUGGUAGAGGAACUGAAGCUACUAGGAACAUGGGCUAGUCCUUUUAGUCACAGAAUAAGACUAGCCCUGAAACUGAAAGAGUCACUUGUCAUUCUUGAAUACAUCGAUCAAACCUGGAAGCAUCAUCCACUCUUGCCUAAAGAUCCUUACGACCGAGCCAUAGCUCGUUUCUGGGCUAAAUUUGUCGACGAAAAGAUCCUGCAAACAGCUCUCAAGGGUAGUGCAGCCACAGGAAAGGAGAAGGAGCAGGUCAUUGAAGAAGUUGAUCAAUACCUGAAGCUGUUAGUAAAUGAGCUAAAAGAUAACGAUUUCUUUGGAGGUGAGAGUAUUGGAUACUUAGACAUAGUGGCAUUUUCUAUCUUCUAUUUCUUUGAAGGGCAUCAAGUAAUUAUGCGAAUCAAGUUGAUCAGUGAAGAGAAAGUUCCAGUUCUAUACAAAUGGAUGGAAAGGCUAUGUGAAAGAGAUGUGAUCUGCGAGUCCCUGCCUCCAAAAGACAAACAUUUGGGUUAUUUUGUAGCCCCAACAGAGGCUGCAAAAUCCGUCUCCAAAUGUAGAUCUGUACUUUUAGAUUCAUAAGCUGCAUUUUGUUUUUGUGUUCAAUUACUCUGUAGUUUCUCUGUUUUCAUCAUGGUCACUUGCUUUGAUAUUAGUCUUAAUGUCAUGAAUUUUACCCUUCUCAAA